AUUACGAGGGGAAACGAAGUGGCUAUUGCUCUCGAUCUCGCAUUCUGAAGUUGGGAAAACGAAAACCGUUGAAACUUGAAACAAUGAGCUUCAAUCUCUUAACCAAAGCGAGGAAGCGAACUGCGUUUCCGUAUCUGCUCUCACGCGCAUUUUCUCAGCGAUCGGAACGACCUAGCAGACCUUCAUUCGGCAUCGCUUUCGACAUUGACGGUGUCGUUUUGCUCGGAAACUCCCCCGUCGGUGGUUCUCCCGGAGCACUGAGAAGAUUAUACGGCGCCGAUGGUAGACUGAAAAUUCCCUACGUUUUCCUCACUAACGGAGGUGGCUUUCCCGAAGCUAAAAGAGCUUGUGAACUAAGCCAACUGUUGGAUAUAAAUGUCUCACCUUCGCAGGUUUUACAGGGUCAUUCACCAUUUAAACAAUUAGUCAAGAGAUUUGAGAACGAACUCGUUGUUGCUGUGGGAAAAGGGGAACCUGCUGCUGUGAUGUCUGAAUAUGGUUUUAAAUAUGUUCUUUCAAUUGAUGAAUAUGCCUCGUGCUUUGAAAACAUUGAUCCACUGGCUCCAUACAAGAAAUGGACAACCAAGCUGGCUGCUACACAGAAUGCAAAUUUUAACGAGAGUAUUUGCAGGGAUGAUGUCUUCUCUAAAAGGGUUCAAGCGGCAUUUGUAGUUAGUGACCCUGUUGAUUGGAGCAGGGACAUACAGGUUCUCUGUGACAUCUUAAAAACAGGAGGUCUUCCUGGAAGAAAUGUUGGACCCCAACCACAUAUAUAUUUUGCAAAUGAUGACCUUGAGUAUCAGACUAAAUUUCCUUCUGAACGUCUGGGCAUGGGAGCUUUCAGGAUUGCAUUAGAAUCCAUCUUUAAUAGGAUUCAUCCUCAUACCUUGGACUAUACCUGUUUUGGCAAACCACAUCCAUCUGUAUUCAAGAAUGCUGAAAUUGUGUUGCAGAAACUUGUGCCAUCACUUUAUGAUGAUUUCUAUGAUAUAAAUGAUAAUAACACUCCAUAUUUCAAAUCGCUUUACAUGAUUGGAGAUAAUCCUGCAGUUGAUAUCAGAGGUGCACGACAGACUGGGCAUCCUUGGUUUUCUAUUCUCACGAGAACUGGGGUCUUCAAGGGGAAGGAAAAUCAUGACAAAUUUCCAGCAGAUCUGGUGGUUGACACUGUAGAAGAAGCCGUGGAUUACAUAUUGGCAAAGGAAAGCGCUUCAUAGAUCCCGUCUGCUUUAGAUGGCAAAUCCCUGAGGAAAGGAUUCUAAAAUAAAUAUUAGAAAGCAAUAGGUGAUUCUGUGAUCACUACUAAGAGUGUAAUAAUUUAUGGCCUAAUCCUUCCAUUCAUUUGAACUGCGGGUUAAAUCGAUUUUGUUUUCCAUUGGCUCA